AUGACGAGGUUCAUCCAGGAGAUCGAGCUGGCCAUGGAGCUGGGCCCGGCCAAGCAGUGCCCUCUGAGGGAGUUCCUCACCAUGUACAUCAAGAACAUCUUCCUCAGCCAGGUCCUGGCCGAGAUCAACAAGGAGAUCGAAGGCGUCACCAAGGCCUCGGAUCCCCUCAAAAUCCUGGCCAACGCCGACACCAUGAAGAUCCUGGGAGUGCAGAGGCCUCUGCUGCAGAGCACGGUGAUCGUGGAGAAGACAGUGCAGGACCUGAUGGAGCUCAUGCACGACCUGAGCGCCUACUCGGACCAGUUCCUCAACAUGGUGUGUGUGAAGCUGCAGGAGUACAAGGACACCUGCAGCCUGGCCUACAGGAGCAUCGUGCAGUCGGACGAGAAGCUGGUGAUCAGCGCCUCCUGGGCCAAGGACGACGACAUCAGCAGGCUCCUGAAAUCCCUGCCCAACUGGAGCAACAUGGCUCAGCCCAAGCAGCUGAGGCCCAAGAGAGAGGAGGAGGAGGAUUUCAUAAGGGCUGCUUUUGGCAAAGAAUCCGAAGUCCUGAUCGGGAAUUUGGGAGACAAACUGAUCCCUCAGCAGGAGAUCCUGCGGGACGUCAGCGACCUCAAAGCCUUGGCCAACCUGCACGAGAGCCUGGAGUGGCUGGCAGGACGCACCAAGGCAGCUUUCUCCAGCCUCUCAGCAGCCCAGACCACGUCCCCAGGCCAGGACAGCCAUGCCAGCCUGGAGCAGCUCCCUGCAUCCGAGCAGAUCCUGCAGAGCCUGAGUGAGCUGGCCAGGUCCUUCCAGGAGAUGGCUGAUCGCUGCCUGCUGGUGCUGCACCUGGAAGUCAGGGUUCACUGUUUCCACUACCUGAUCCCUCUGGCCAAACAAGGGAAUUACGCCAUCGUGGCCAACGUGGAGAGCAUGGACUACGACCCGCUGGUGGUGCGGCUCAACAAGGACAUCAGCGCCAUCGAGGAGGCCAUGAGCGCCAGCCUGCAGCAGCACAAGUUCCAGUACAUCUUUGAAGGCUUGGGCCACCUCAUCUCCUGCAUCCUCAUCAACGGCGCCCACUACUUCAGGCGCAUCAGCGAGUCCGGCAUCAAGAAGAUGUGCAGGAACAUCUUCAUCCUGCAGCAGAACCUCACCAACAUCACCAUGUCCCGGGAGGCCGACCUGGACUUCGCCAGGCAGUAUUACGAGAUGCUCUACAACACAGCAGACGAGCUGCUGAACCUGGUGGUGGACCAGGGCGUGAAGUACACGGAGCUGGAGUACAUCUACGCCCUGAACCUGCUGCACCGCAGCCAGACGGGCGUGGGGGACCAAACCACGCAGAACAUGAGGCUGCAGCGCCUCAAGGAGAUCAUCUGCGAGCAGGCUGCCAUCAAACAGGCCACCAAGGACAAGAAAAUCACCACCGUGUGACCCCCUCUGCCACCCCCCUCACCCGCGGCCGGCGGGUGGCACCUCCCAAGUUUUUUUUUUUGUUUUGUUCUGUUUUAAUCUAAGAAAAAGUGGGAAUCUUCUGGGCUUUGUGGUGAGGAGGGGAAUGCCAUUUGAGAUUUGGGGUUGGGGUGGUUUUGGUGUGUAUCCACGUAACGCUUCUUCGAUGUUCUCCCAAAAGUGAUUCCACAGCAGGAACCCCAGUGGGGUUUGGGGUGGGAUGUUUGGAUUUGCUCUGUUGCUGCUGCUUUGCUUUGGGAUGUAAAGGGAGCUGUGGGGUGGGAAAAGGGAAAAUUGGGUCUUGGAAGUUCAGACCACACUAAAUAAUCAGCACCCUGCCAGUCAAUCCCAGACCUGGUGAUCACAUGUGGGACCUUGAUGGUUUGGAGAUAUUUUCGGAGCCUGCUCAGCUCUGCUAGAGCUCUCUCCAGGUUGUACCCACGUGAAGUUUCCUGCUGUUUCCACUGCUAAAAGAUGGAAUUGUUUAUUCCUUCAGGUGGUGAUCAGCCAGUUCUGCACGUGGGAGGUAACACGGGACCAUUUGUUUCCACUUCUCCUCUUUCAUUAUCCCGGAGCCAUCUGGUGCUCCUGCAGCGCCGGGUGGAUGCAGGAGAAAAUUGCCAAUAUAAAAUAACAAAAAAGCUUCCUUCUCUUGUCCUGAAUGUUAUCUUUGAGUUCCCCCCAGCUCCAGAGAUAUUUUGUGGCUGUCACUUGAUGCACUGGAAGGACGGGCAGGGUUGUGUAGCUCAGCACCAAUGAUCAGCAAGGGCAGGAGGGCACCAAAUCCAGGGUCUGAGGCACACCCAGGGCACCAAUUCUGCCCUGCCUUGACCCUCUAAAUUCACCUGGCAAAAGGUUCCUUAUUCCUCCAAAAUCAGAAUCCACUGCACUUGUAUUUGCCAAGAAAAUUGGGGAUCCAGCUGGGUUUCCUGUGCUGAGAAAGGUUCUCUCUGAGCUGUAGGUGCUUUGUGUGUCAACCUUGAAAUUGCAGAAUUAAAGGAUGUUU